UUACUUGGCCUAUAUAAGCGGACCCUGCAAAAACUCUGCGUCUGAAGGAGUUUAGGUGUAUCUUGUUGCCUCUUUCAAGACAUAAGUCUCUUCUGUAAAGAUGCAGUUUGGGGGAAUUCUAUUGGCCACUGCCAUUAUGUGGGCAUAUGUGCUGCCCGGUGAGAGCGUGACCGGUGGGAAGGAGGCCGUGGGCCACUCGCGACCGUACAUGGCGUCCGUGCAGCUGAACGGAAAGCACGAGUGUGGUGCGUUCCUCAUCGCGAGUCAGUGGCUUCUGAGCGCGACUCACUGCUUCAUGGAUGGAGCUGAGGGUCUGAAAAUUGUUGUUGGACUGCACUCUCUGUCUGGAGAGGAAACAACCAAAGAAACAUUUCAAAUUUCAGCUGAUCGGCUGUACAAACAUCCUGGCUUUAACAUUGAGAAUUAUGACAAUGACAUUAGUCUGAUCAAGCUUGAUCGGCCAAUAGUGGAGAGCGCUGCGGUGAAGCCAGUGUCCUAUCAGCAGACAGGAGGAGCCGACCCUGUGGUGGGUGCUAAUGUGGAAACGUCUGGGUGGGGCGCCUUGAAUAAUCUGGGGUCACGGCCGGACAAACUGCAUGAGUUGACCAUCAGUGUCAUGAGCAGGGACUUGUGUGGCCGCAGUGACUACUAUGGGUCAAAGUUCACCAACAACAUGAUCUGUGCUGCCCGGCGACGUCAGGACACUUGUAAUGGAGACUCUGGUGGUCCUUUGCUGUAUAAUGGCGUUGCCAUCGGGAUCACGUCUAACGGGGGGAAGAAGUGUGGCUCCAGCAGGAAGCCUGGCCUCUACAUCCUCAUCUCCCACUUCAGUGACUGGAUUCAGCAGACCAUGACUGCCAACGCCUAGUAGCCAAUUAGAACACAUCACCACAGCCACCUGUCACAAAGCUUAAAAUGCAACGUGGAACAGUCUCCGUAGAAUUAGGCAAGGGUCAUCAAGAAUGAUCAAGAAACAUCAUGAAGAGCAGCCAGACUGUCCACCUUCGUAACCAGCUUCAGGAUCAUAUUCAGUAUUUCAAUUAUUUCUAGGGUUUAAGUUUAAUUGUUAGCAUAUGCUCAUAUGUAUCGUGAACUGAACUUCCAGAUGUGAGAUAGAUAUCAGUGUAAUCCACUGAUACUGUUUACAGUGAUAUCUCCAGUGAUUGAGUAAGUGAUUUGAAUCCUCAAAAGGACAUAAUGACUAAUAUGCAGACAGUGGUAAAGGAAAAUAAUGGUUUUACUUGGAAAGUGAUGGGUUUGGUAUGUGAUGGUAAGGGCUCAGUGGCUUCACCAAAAAUAGUUGUACUAAUGUGUCAAGAAAACAUAUAGGACUACAGGUAUAAAUAUAGGACAUUCUGCACAAUGAAGGUUACAUCUAAGGGGUUAUUCUAAACCAGGCUGACAAACAAAAUCGAUAUUGGACUCUUCCUAAAAAGGCAAAGGCCUCAAGGCAUGUGGACAUGACCAUAAAAACAGUGCUACCAUGGCAACAGAACCCCUACUUCAUGACUUCUUAACAACUUCAGAGGACCCCACAAGUUCAAACAUGUUUGUACACAGGGAAUAGCCACAACAGUCAUCUCAGUACUAUGCAGCAGAAGAAAUAUAAAUAUAGUAGUGAGAGAAUACAAAUCUCAAGCACAUUUUUGAAUAUACGAGGCACACUAUUAAAAGACACAUGUUACAUUUUACAUCAUGCACAAUUCUGUCUUCACAAUAAAAAAACUUUUGAAAAAGAA